AUGAUAUUUGGAUUGGGUAGGCUAUUCUAUGUCAUUCUAUUGCUAAUUAAUGCUGUUGCAGUGCUGAGCGAGGAGAGAUUUUUGAGAAGAAUCGGCCUAGGAAGGUCAAAUGACGAGGCGCCUGUUUUUGGUCAAGAUAAAAAUACCACCAAAUCUAAGGUUGUGCAAUUGAUUGGUGCCGUACAAACCUUACUGAGGAUACCAUUAAUUGGAAUAAAUGUACUGGUAAUCAUUUAUGAAUUAAUAUUGGGAUGA